CUGUUUUAUUCCCUCCUGUUUACUAUAAAUACAUCCAUACAACAAUUCAUUUCUCAUAACCAUUUCAGAUAGCAAUUUCAAAAUAUGGAUAGUUCAUCAGCUUUCUUCUGCUUCGUUCUUGUCUUGAAUGUCGUUCUUUUCACCUCUGCCAUUCAAGUCUCCCACACGAACAGAGCCAUCACCAUUGAUGGCCAACCCAGGAUCUUACUCUCUGGUUCUAUCCACUACCCACGAAGCACUCCUCAGAUGUGGCCUGAUUUGAUCAGAAAAUCAAAGGAAGGUGGAUUGAACGCCAUUGAAACUUAUGUUUUCUGGAAUGCCCAUGAGCCGAUUCGUCGUCAAUAUGAUUUCAGUGCCAAUCGUGAUCUCAUAAGGUUCCUUAAAACCAUUCAAGAUCAAGGCCUUUACGCUGUUCUUCGCAUUGGCCCAUAUGUCUGCGCCGAGUGGAAUUAUGGAGGUUUUCCGGUUUGGCUCCACAACCUUCCUGGAAUUGAACUCAGAACGUUAAAUUCCGUAUUCAUGAAUGAGAUGCAAAACUUCACGACGUUGAUUGUGGACAUGGUGAAGAAGGAGAAUCUUUUCGCCUCACAAGGUGGUCCAGUGAUUCUAGCUCAGAUUGAAAAUGAAUACGGUAACGUAAUGACCCCUUACGGCGAAGCCGGAAAAGCUUAUGUGAACUGGUGUGCAUCCAUGGCGGACUCGUUGAAAGUUGGAGUUCCAUGGAUCAUGUGUCAACAAGCCGACGCACCCGAGCCAAUGAUCAACACCUGCAAUGGCUGGUACUGCGAUCAGUUCACUCCCAACAAUCCGAACAGCCCCAAAAUGUGGACUGAAAAUUGGACUGGUUGGUUCAAGAGCUGGGGCGGAAAAGACCCACAUAGAACCUCCGAAGAUUUGGCCUUCUCCGUCGCUAGAUUCUACCAACUCGGCGGCACUUUCCAAAACUACUACAUGUACCACGGCGGAACGAACUUCGACCGGAUGGCCGGCGGUCCGUACAUCACCACCUCUUACGAUUACGAUGCACCGUUGGAUGAGUAUGGUAAUCUGAAUCAACCCAAAUACGGCCAUUUGAAGCAGCUUCACGAUGCUUUGAUGUCCAUUGAGAAGCCGCUGGUUUCCGGCGACGUGAACACCACCGAUUUGGGCAACUCUGUUUCUAUCACCAAAUACACUACAAAAGAAGGGUCGGCUUGUUUCUUCAGCAACGCGAAUGUAACAACCGACGCGACGGUCAGCUACAACGGAAAAGACUUUAAAGUUCCGGCGUGGUCCGUCAGCAUUCUUCCCGACUGUCAAACAGAGGUUUACAACACAGCAAAAGUGAACACACAAACAUCCGUGAUGGUGAAGAAGGAAAACAAGGCGGAGGAGGAACCGGCGGCGUUGCAAUGGGUGUGGCGGCCAGAGAAUCUCGACGCCACCGCGAGAUUAGGCAAAGGACAAGUAAGUGCUAAUAUGCUUCUUGAUCAGAAAGCUGCCGCUAACGACGCCAGUGAUUAUCUCUGGUACAUGACAAGCGUUCACUUGAAGAAAGCCGAUCGGAUUUGGAGCAACGACAUGACUCUGCGAAUCAACGGCAGCGGCCAUGUCCUCCACGCCUUCGUCAACGGUGAACAUAUCGGUUCCCAAUGGGCUUCAUAUGGAAUUUUCACUUACUUUAUGGAGAGACAAGUGAAAUUAAAGCCAGGAAAGAACAUAAUCUCUCUUCUCAGCGCCACCGUCGGCUACCAGGUUCGUAACUCCGACCUCUGUUUCUGAUUUUUCUCAUCAACAAAUCUCACAUAUUUUGCUCUGUUUUUCAGAACUACGGGCCCUUCUUCGACAUGAUUCAAUCAGGAAUCCCCGGCCCAGUUGAAUUAAUCGGCCGCAACGGCGAUGAAACACUCAUAAAAGACCUCUCAUCUCACAAAUGGUCAUACGAAAUCGGAUUGCACGGCUUCGAAAA